AUGUUUUAUGAAGAUCCUGUUGAUGUGUUUGGCUAUUUGGCUAAUUAUUUUGAAGCUUACACACAGCCAGUCACAAUCCACAAACUGCAUGCUUACACAGCCUGGGACAGCAAAGGAGAACCAACAUUAGGUAUUGAUAUCCACUGUAUAGUAAAAAAUAAAAAAAAGUUGCUUACUUCAAUGAUAUCUGCUGGUUAUGACUCUCAAACCUGGAAUCAAUUCAAAAUAAAAGAAAUUAUAGAAGAAAAACAAAGGAAACUUAUAUCUGUGGAAAUAGCCAUAGGUUACAUCAAUGGCAGUUUUGGUGAACAAUUUCAUGGACAAGAAUUAUUAAAUAGUCAGCAAAAAACAGAUGCUAUUAUUAAGGAUUUCUUUGAUGCUUUGCAAAAGGCAGCUGAAGAAGAGAAAAAGAAACAAGAAGUUGCAGUUGAAGCCAAAGUUGAUGAAUCUGGACCAUCAGAUGUUAGUGGGAUGGAGCCAGACCGUAGCUCAACAUCAAAAAAAGGUCCUAACAAGAAAUCGGCCAAGGCAGCAAAGUCUAAAGUGGAUAUCACAUUGCCUCCUAAUGACCCACCAUAUGAAUGGGUAGUGGGAAGUCCAGCAGGUAGUGCCCUGAGUCAGGCUAUGUGUAUAGCUGAGGCUACAGUUAGAGAUGUUUUCCUGUUUGAGCACAUUGCCAGUCUUGCUACUGGGAACAACCAGGUUCCUACUUCCUAUAGGCUGCCACUUCUAAUGGUGACUAUGUUGCACUGUGGAAAAUUAUCUGCUGGCAAAGUGAAUGCUUUCAAAGAAGUUUUGCUUAUACCUAACUUUCAUUUCACUAUGAAAGAGUGUGUUUCUCAUCUGUUGUGUAUUCAUGAUCAUUUGAUUACCAUUCUACUGGACACCUAUCCUAAGCUAAUGUAUAACUUAAACAAAGUGAGUGAUAUUGGAGCCAUUACAGUUCAAUUUGAUAAACCUGAGCAAGUUUUGGAUUUGAUCAUUGAAGCUAUUGAAGGUGCUGGCUUUACACCUGGAAAAGAUUUUAGUAUUGUCAUAGACUGUGCUGCAAAUGAAGUUGUUGAUAUGGAAAAAGGCCGUUAUGAAUUUGUGACUGGAAUAAACAUGAAGAGUAUGGCGGAUGCAGUUGAAUUCUGGAUGGAUUUGGUGACAUCCUAUCCUACAAUUGUUGGUCUCAUUGAUCCUCUACGCAGAAAGGAAGGGAAAUCUUUGCUGCAGCUGUGUCAAUACAUUUCUAGUCAUUGCCUGAUCAUUGAAGACUGUAAUUCUAAUUGCAAAGAAGCCAAAACUCCUGAUCAACCAGAAAGCACAUUCAGUCCAUUAAGUGAUGACAUAUCUCAACAAACACAUGAGCACAAUUCUGAACAAGUAGAUAUUUAUGUUCGCAGUGGCCAAGUUUUUAGACUGCAGCAAAGUACUACAGUUACAGAUCUCAUUAAUUCAGUAGCAGAGCACAAUGAGGCUGGCACUUAUUCCAUACUCAGCGUGUGUCAAGGAGAAGGACAAGAACCAUUUAUUGCCGAUUUGGCUGUUGGUCUAAGAAGUAGAUUUCUCAAAACAGGAGGUCUAUCUAGGGGUGAACGAUUUCAAAAUCUGUGCAACGAAACCCUGAAUAAAAAAAAUAAAAAUAAGCAGAUCUUAUUUACACCAAUUGAUUUUGAAGACUUUCCUAAACUGAUAGAACAAUCACUGAGAAGUUAUACAGUGUUCUAG